ACGCCAGGAUCUCGCGAGAUGAGAGUUGUGACGGCUGUAUUAGCUGUCCGGCAGGAACCGAGAAGCUGGACUGUAACGGCGUUGCGGGACGUUUCAGCAGUGAUCCGGGACAGCGGCCUGUGCUAAGAAAAUCGGGACUGUCCCGCGGAAAGCUGGCUUGUUUGGCGACUUAAAGAAGAACUAAAGCUUAACAAUGAAGUAGGGUACAAAUGGUGCACAUUAUGUUUUGAGAUUCCGUACCAGCCCACAAGUGACCACAGCCCCUUUGGAUCUAAAAUCUCCAUCUUCUUUUCUGCUGAUUCACUGCACAUGCUCUGUCACUUACUGAGCUUAGGGACCGACUCAAACAACAAUAUCAAAUUGCCGGAAGGAUAAAAGAGCAUCCAAUCAACCCUUUGCUUCUUGGGCUACUGCCAGCUUUGCAACCAUCAGACUUUUUGUCCACUCUUAAACAUGGCAAACCGAGGCGGAGCUACCAGACCGAAUGGACCGAAUGCGGGGAAUAAAAUCUGUCAGUUUAAACUUGUCCUUUUAGGAGAAUCUGCAGUCGGAAAGUCCAGUUUAGUGCUUCGCUUCGUAAAGGGACAGUUUCAUGAAUUCCAAGAAAGCACAAUCGGAGCUGCUUUCCUUACCCAAACAGUCUGUCUUGAUGAUACAACUGUAAAAUUUGAAAUUUGGGAUACAGCUGGUCAAGAGAGAUAUCACAGCCUGGCUCCAAUGUACUACAGGGGAGCCCAAGCUGCAAUAGUUGUAUAUGACAUCACAAAUGAGGAAUCAUUUGCAAGAGCAAAGAACUGGGUAAAAGAGCUGCAGAGACAGGCAAGCCCCAAUAUUGUGAUAGCUUUAUCUGGUAACAAAGCUGAUCUGGCCACAAAGAGAGCUGUGGAUUUUCAAGAAGCUCAAGCUUAUGCAGAUGACAACAGCUUAUUGUUCAUGGAGACUUCUGCAAAGACAUCAGUGAAUGUGAAUGAGAUAUUCAUGGCCAUAGCUAAAAAGCUUCCCAAGACGGAACCACAGGCUGGUGGAAGCAACACCAUCAGAGGAAGAGGAGUAGACCUAACUGAAACAGCACAACCUACCAAAAGCCAAUGCUGUAGUAACUAAAUAAAGGCUUUUUGUUCUUUAAACUGUAUGGAUAUUAUCUUGCUUCCUAAUUGUUAAUAACAAUUUAGUGUUUAAUCCUGUCUUGGCCUUAGUGCCAGCCCUUCAGAUGCAUUGCAAGCCUCCAUGGCAGUAUGUUCAACUAGGCCCUGAGAAAACUAAUAAAGAGAGACUUGCAGUGUGGUCUCAUACAUAAUACAGAGUUUGUUUACUGCUAAUUCUGAUUUCUUUUUUUCAAUAUGCAUGCAUUAUGUUCUACAAGCCGUUCUCGGUGUGGAGGAAUAGACUGGUGUAUUGUAAAGACUCAGGACCUUGUUAAGAACAAUAUUUGUAUCUGCAAUGCAUUGCAAACUUCUGGGUGCAACGUAGAAAUGGUUAUAUUAUAUUAUGAUGGUGACAAUUAGCCCAAAGUGGAACUUUUAACUUUUUUUUUUUUUUUUUAAGAUAAUACAAGCAGGGUAUAAAAUCUAUUUCAUCUCUUCUUUACAGUGUUUGCUCAAAAUCACCUUCUCCAAAAUCCAGAUCUACAUUCCGUUUAUUAAUUUAUAACUUGUUAGCCACUAAUGUUGCUGCUUUCAAACGAUAAGUACACCAAUAACCCAUUGAUGUUUAGGGGGAUAUUCUUGGUUUUUAUUUAAUAAACCAUUACCGAGAAUCAUGUUUAACACCAAGGUGAUUUUUAUUUUCAUCUCUUGCCAUCUUCAGAGUACCCCAAACUCUCACAAUUCUGCUUCUAAUUUUUGCUAUUUUUUUCCUUCCUUUUUUAUUUUUGUAUGCAGUUUUACCCAAUACAAAUACAAAACAAAAUGCAAUUAUGUAUCCUCCAUUUAGCUAUCUUAAAAUUGGAUGGUAAAAUUGUAAUGUAAAUAGGGUACUGUAGUCUACAUUUGUUUAAUAUGUUCUGUUACUUGUAAGAUUUGGUUAAAAUUGUACAGUUACUAAAAUGAUAAAAAUAAAAAGCUAAUGUACUUUUUUUUUUCCCCUCUAUCCUGAUUUCCUCCUAUGUGGCUUAUGGUGUUUCUUUUACCACUGUAACAAUUCACUCCCUGUAUGUAUUAAAGCAUGGUGAAACAUUUGAGCAUUGGGUUUUAAUAUGUUAAGAUUUGUUAUACAAUUAUUUUAGCUUUGAAACCUUUAAAAGGUAUUACAGUUAAGUGCUCUUUGGUGAUUGACACUCAAUAAAUCAAACCGUGGUAAUUUAAACCAGAAA